GCCAGGGAAAAAAAUACACAACUUUGAUUAUUAGAUCGUUGAAGCUCACAGAAUCCAUUCUGUGGCUCUGACUGUUCUUUUCAUACGACGAUUGCUGCUGCCGUUGUUAGCAUUUCCUAGAAGCCCAACCAAGCCAAAUGCUAGCCACGUUUUGUCCAACGCAUCCGGCCAAGAUUCUAGUCUGGAGCAGGGAGUUGAGGUGGUAGCUGGGAACACGUCUGCGUUCGUGUAAUAUGCAAACUAGCGAGACUCUCCGUCGCGAUAACUGUACAGAUAGGGUUAGUUUUUUCCUUAGCUUACAAAUUGCAGGCAGUGUAGUGCGCAAGGGGCGAUUUAUGAGGUACGCGCAAAUCACGGCACGAUCCUCCAGAUCAGGUAGUACAGGUAGUACUAUUUACGAGAAAGCUAGCGCAGCUGUUGUUGGUAAAAAAGGAUUAGCCCAACUAUAUCGCUGGGCCAAAGAUAAGGACAAAGUCUAAUCCUGGCCCAACUACCUGCUAUCACUCCCUAAUCAACUACCUAAAUUUGCAUAAAAAUCCAAGUUGCCGCCUACCAUCAGCACAUUCAAGCAACAGCAGCCUUCAAGGAAGCAUCACAUUCUUCUUUACCAAAAAAAAAAUUAUUAUAGAAAAUCUUUAAGCAUGUCUCAAAUGCACAAUACUGCCUUUUACAAGGACGCUUUGGAGGCCCAGCAAUAUACUUGCCCACCUUUGGAGGAGCUGGAACCGAACUAUAUCGACAACCUGCACAUCAUAUUCUUUGAGCAGAUCUUUGAGGAAAUUGAAAACCUUAGUGAUCAGGUUAGAAUGGCCAGGGCAUAUCCUCAGUUCAUGCCACAGAUCCUCAAGUUCUGGCAGAGGCGCUUACACCUGAUCAUUGGACCAAACACACCUUUCUUGGGACUCCUGGACAUCGAGGACUAUGUCUUCUUCAUGGAGCACAUGGCUGAUAGUUUUACUGAUCUGCAUGUCUAUGAUGGCGUCGGCUGCUUCUCCGAAUUCUACGAUUACAUCACUCAUUUGUGCGACAUUAACAUCACAAAGUUCCCCAAAGUGGACACUUGCAUUUUGGCCGGGAACCCCAAUUCUGUGGUCGAUGAGGAUAUCAGGGAUCUAACAAUAAUGUUGCCCAAUCUUAAGCGCCUUAUGACCUGCAUGAACCUCUCUGGUGUCUAUAUGCGUGGCUUCAAGAAGUUGGAGGAACUGAUUUUCAACUCCUUGUACCACUCAGUUCCGUUGGACAGCCGCUGGGUGCAGGAGAUCUGCCUGAAUAUGACCCAACUAAGGGUCUUGGACAUCACCGAUCAGUUUGACAGUUGCGUCAGAAUCACAGACAUUAAAUUGCCUAACCUGGAAGUUCUCAAGAUCAACCUGAGCACUGUCGAGUGCAUGCUGUCGGAGGUUCUACAGCUGCCCAAGUUGCAAAAACUAUCCGUGAGAUUCGAUGAUUCUCGGCAACUGAAUGCGGAUCGGGAGACCAUCUUCCAGCAGAUUGUGGUGGCUAAGAGUGAUAGGAUCACCAGGAUUGCCCUGAACAAUGAAGUAGUGCAACUGCCAGCUCGUUGGCAACAGAGUCUGCUACUUGAGUUGCCUAAACUGAGGAAGGUGAUCUGCGAGAACUGGUGCCACAACGAUUUCUUCCUGGAGACCAAGCACAUGCCCUGCCAGCAAAUGGAGGUGAUCAGUUUCAGUGGCUGGGAGAUUGUUCGGGAAAAUCAACUCAUGGAAAUGGUGGCCGAAUGUGUUAAUCUCGAGCACUUGGCUUUGAAUGGCUAUCACAGCAACUGGGAGAAACUCACUAAGUUGGUGAACAUCAGGAAUCAGGAGAGGAAUCCACGACCCCUGCAAGUCUUCAGUGACAUGAUGUGGGGCAACUUCACACCCGAGGAAUACUAUCACUGGCAGUGCAACAAAUAUGUUCAGGUCACCUGUGAUAGCAGCGAGUACGAGUACCAGGAAGAUGGCUUUGAGUUUGAUUUUGAGUAAAAAAUUACACAAAAAAUCAACAAAUUGUAUAUAUAAUUAAUAUUUUAUCAUAAAAUUUGUAAUAUUUUUUUAUUGUAAAUAAACAAAAC